GCUGGGAGCAGGGAUGGUUGCGGAGGAGAUUGUGGUCUCCCUCUCAGGAGGAGCCCCGUGGGGCUUCAGACUGCAGGGAGGAGCAGAGCAGCAAAAACCUCUACAGGUGGCCAAGGUACGCAGGCGCAGCAAAGCGUGCAGAGCUGGACUGAAGGAGUAUGACGAGCUGGUUGCCAUCGGCCACCAUAUGUGUGCAGAGCUCAGUCACGCUGAGGCCAUGAACCUCAUAGAUACACAGAGCGCGACACUGAACCUGAGGGUUAAAAGAGCUCCCUCUGGCUUCCACUCCUCAUCCUACUCCGGUCGUUCUGCAUCGCCCCGCUCCUCCAUCAGGGUCCUGUCUCCUCCCGCGGCCUCACUGCCCUCCCACCGUUCCUCCGUCCUCUCCCCGACCGGGAUCCCCAGGGGCGUCACCUCCCCUCCAGACAGCGAGGCCUACUACGGAGAGACGGACAGCGACGCGGACACACAGUCGCACACGCACCGUCGCCAGCGGCGCACGCCUCCUCACGCACGCUCGCCCGCACGCUAUGACAACCAAGAGGAGGAGACCUCGGAGAUGAGCGGGUAUGAGAGCGCCACAGACGCAGGGGUUUCCAUGCAGGGGCCGUGGGACAGUCAGUGCCCUGUCGGCGUCCCUCGCAGAGAGCUGGUCUACCAGCCCCUGCAGACCGAGUGGACCACUCCUGCGCACACCCCGCACACUCUGACCCCUCAGGCACUCACGCCAACCCCCGAUCAGGGGUUGGUGGAAGCAGAGGGCGAAGGGGACAGCGGCUUCCAGGAGGCCGGGGGCUGCAUCGGGCUGGCGUGCCCGCCGCUUGUGUCUCCUGAACGGGCGAGAGAGGCCCUGAUGCUGGGCUCCGGUAAGCAACUGGUGCCCAUGGUGGGACCACAGCAGACCCCCGUCAGCGAUGAGCUCUCCACCACCUACAUGGACAAAGCACGGCAAGCCAAGUUGCAGCGUGGGGAGAGUUUGGUGGAGAAACAGGUGAAAGAAGCUCGUACCAAAUGCCGCUCUAUCGCCUCUUUGCUGACUGAUGCUCCCAACCCCAACUCGAAGGGGGUGCUUAUGUUCAAGAAACGCCGGCAGCGGGCCAAGAAGUACACGCUGACCUGCUUCGGCAAAGCUGAGGGAGAUAGAGGAGGGGAGACGGAAGGGGAGACGGGAGGGGAGACAGAGGAGGAAGGUGGGAGUUCUUUCCUGAGUGGCUCAGAAGUUGACGAAGAGGGAUUCUCAGCAUCGUUUGACCCUACGUGGGAUUCUGGUUAUCUAGACCUGCUGGACAGGAGAAGCUCCGCCUGCCCGUCAACCACACCAACUACUCCAACAGCGCCAACACUUAAUCACAGCUCAGGGCUGGACAUCUCAGCCUGUCAGACUCCAGGACUUCUGACCUCUGUCAAUCAAAGCCCAGGGUUGGAGGUUUCAGGGCUGGAGAGCUCACCCUAUCAGGGCUCAGGACUGGAGGGCAGCAUCACGAAGAAGCCAAUCACUAGCCAGCCUGCACAUAUGUCUCCUCCAGCUGUGGCUCUGACCAAUGGGGCGUCGGUAGCUGUCAGUCGGGCUAACGUUGUUCUGAGCCCACCCACUCAAAUGCCCUUUCCAAGUCAAAACGGGCAGCAUGGCAACCCUAACCCCAGUCCUAACCCUGAUCUCAAUCCUAGUCCAGUCACAGACUCAGAUCAUCACCUGAACUCCAACUUCAGUCCUAAUCAAGGUGUUCUGAACCGCACUGCGCGGCCCUUCACCCCAGGCCCGACACCUUCUCGUGCAUCUGUGACCUCUGUGAUGUUUCGCCCUCCCCAACCCAAACCCACAGCCGUGUCCAUGGUGACUAUCCAACCCACUCGCCUUCCAACAGGGCCAGAUGCAAGGAGAGCGGUGUCCAGCGCCUCCCUGUACAUCCCUCCAAGAAAUAGCAACAGUAACGCCCCCUCCGCCCCCUUAGCUCUCUCGCCUCCCUCCUCUCUGUCUUCUCCACCUUUCUCCCAGCCUGCCUCAAAUCCACCAACAUUUUCCCCUCAGCCUGCAGUGCAUGCUUCUCCCGCCAUCCCAUCCCCUCCUUCAGCUCAAAGUCUGUCCAUCCGUCCAUCACCUCCUCAACCCUUCUCCCCUCCUGCUCCACAGCCAUUUCCCUCUCAUCCUGCUCCUACCUAUCCACCUCCCUCCACCUGCAUUUCUGCUGCUCCCAUCUCUCCACCACACCCCCCUGAUCUGACUCAUGCCUCCCUCCAUGCCGAGCCCGGGCCUCCUCCUCCCCCCCUACCUUCUCCAUCUCCAUCUGUCCACCCCUACAUCAACAUGACAGCUGCAGUGACUCCUGGCCCCCAUGCUGCCAUGGCAACUGCACCACCUCCCCAGCCCACUGCCACUGAUUCACUGGCUACACGUGAGCAGCGCAUCGCGGUCCCUGCCGCUCGCACCGGCAUCCUGCAUGAUGCCCGUCGUCGUAGCAACAAGAAGCCGAUGUUCUGUGCAGUCCAGAACAAGGUUGUUUCUCCAAACCCGGACUUGAUGUCGAUGGUCCAGAACAUGGAUGACCACUUUGGGAGAACAACAGGUGCUGAACCUGGAGCUGCACCCACCGGGGAGACCGGACAUGAGUCAGGGCCUGAGGAGGACUGGCUGAGGCUGGGGGCAGAGGCCUGCAACUUCUUGCAGGCUCAGCAGGGACCCAGGCCACCUCCUGUAGCUCCCAAACCACAAACCCCUCAGACGCCACAGCUGGCAGGGAAGGGGGGUCAGCUGUUUGCCCGCAGGCAGAACAGAAUGGAUCGAUACGUUGUGGAACGAGCUCCCUCUGUUGCGGCAGCACCUUACUCUCCCGCCCAGACGAGGGAGCCCUCACCCACACCUUCACUCCCUGCCACCUGGAAAUACUCAUCCAGCAUCCGCGCUCCUCCUCCAAUCAGCUACAACCCCCUCCUCUCUCCCUCCUGCCCUCCAAAGGCCCAGAAGAAGCCAGAGGUGGCGAAGUCUGGGCCAGCUGGAUCUAAAGGGCAGAAAGGGGGCAUGAAGUCAGUGGACAUUAUGAGCCACCAGCCCUACCAACUCAACUCUUCUCUGUUCAGCUAUGUGGGUGGGGUUCCCCAGGACACCUCCACCUAUCAGCAGCAGCAGCAGCAGCAGCAGCGAGGAAUGACAAGUGGUCCUCAGAAGACAGCACGAGUAUAUGAAGUAAAGCGUUUCUCCACGCCCCCGCCGACAGCCACAGGGCCCGCCCUCAAGGUUAUUGUACCUCGAUCAGCUACGACACUCGGAGAACCACUGUGGCGCUCUGAUGUCACGUCUCCUCCACCCACAGUUGGCCCCGCCCCCUACCAACCCUAUCAGCCUCAACCCCAACCUUACCAACCUCAGUGGGCCACCUCCCCUAUGUCUCCCCCACCACCUCCUGCUCCUACUGCUCCACUCCCUCAGCUCCCCACCUUCUCCUCUGCUCCUGCUCCAAACCCAGUCCAGUGCCCUACUUUCUCCCACCUUCAACCCUCCAACAGCGCGCAGGCCAACAGGCAGUUUAAGAGCGCCCCAGAUCUGAGCCCCCUGAGCCCCGCUGGUGCCUCUCGGCAGGUGUCCAGCGGCGCUCAACCGACCAGGGUCCCCAGGCCCAGGUUCAGCACAUCCAACCUAGGUCUGCAGCCUUGCGUCUGGCGCCCUGGAUCCACUACGCACUGAACAGACUCUGGUGUGGACAUAACAAACCGCGUCUCUAUGGGAACAUGGAGCAACAUUUUCUAAAUAAGCCCAUGUGUUUUACUAUUGUUGUUAAUCAAGCCUGCAGCUUCGCGUUUUAUCAGCCACGUUUUAUCACAAGAUCUGAUUGGCUCGGCCGCCCAUGUAGCACAUUCAAUCACUCACAUUUAAUCUUUUUAUCCAAUGCAUUGAGAGGGAACACUGGGUAAUGUAGGGUGGAAAACCUAAGGAAAGUUUAAAUAACUGAGCUCAGCGGUGCAUGAAAAGGACGGAAAGAGAUGCUGCGGGAAACUGAAAUAAAGUUCUGUAAAUAGCGUUUUGAAUGAUGGAGAUUUAAGUUAAAAAAAAAGAAGAACAGGGGAUGUGAAAGGACAAGGCUGUUGUGUGAGAGAGGAUGGGAAGAAGAUGGAAAGGAAAGCACUGAUAAAGUGACAUUACAGAAACAAUGUCUGAUGAGGUGUGAACAGUGACAUAUCUGGAAACGCCCUCCACGACCUGUUGCCAUCCAGCAGUAUCAUAUCGGAAAAGUUGCUUACUAACAAAUUUGAAGUAGCCACCACUACUGUAACCCGCCUUUGUUAUAUAUAUAUUCUACAUAUUUGUGUUUGGUUAUUCUGAGUGUCUUUUAUUAGUUGCACGCUGCAGCUGUGUGCUUUGUUUUCUGUAGGUUUUCUUAGGCCAAGGAGCACAGCCGCCAUGAAGAAGGGAAGCCUUUUACAGUAGAUAUGAUUUCUGAUCUGUUGAUAUGAAACAGGAGAGGUAUAACAUGUCCGUUUCGCUGUGAUUCUUUUCCACAGAGACUGAGAGGCUGAAU